AUGGCUAACAGUACCCAGCAAACGGGGUCUUCAACCUCGGCGUUCGUGUCGACAUUGAUUCCUAACCUCAUCAUCUUUGCUGUCUUUGUCUCCCUCUUUAUUGCGCUUAAAAACAAGCAAACAAGAGUUUACACUCCUCGUACCACCGUCCCUACCGUUCCUAAAGAAUGUCAACCUGACCCUUCUCCAAGCGGUGCUUUCGCAUGGGUCAACCACUUGCUCAACAAGUCCCAAUCGUGGAUGAUCCAACAAGCAGGGAUUGAUGGCUAUUUUUUCCUCCGUUUCCUCUUCUUCUUUGCUACCGUGUGCUUCUUUGGCGCUUGCUUGAUUUUGCCAAUUCUUUUGCCAGUCAACGCCACCAAUGGUAAACCAGACUCUAAAGGGUUCGAUAUCAUCUCAUUUUCCAACGUUGAAAACAAAAACCGUUUCUACGCUCACGUUUUCUGUUCUUGGAUCUUCUUUGGGUUGAUUGUUUAUGGUAUCUACCGUGAAUUGUACUACUACAUUUCUUUUAGACACGCUUAUCAAACCAGUCCUUACAUUGACUCUUUGACUUCUACCAGAACUUUGUUGCUCACUUCUCUUCCAAAAGACCUUGACGACAAUGAAACCGAAAUCAAGGCUUUAUUCCCAGCCGCCACCAGCGUCACGUUUGCCAGAGAUUACAAGGAUUUGACCAAAGAUGUUAAAGAAAGAACCAAAUUGUCCAACAAGUACGAAGCCGCCCUUAACAAGGUGAUCAACAAAUCCGUUGGUAUCAACAUGAAGUUGAUCAAGAAAAACAAGGAGUUGCCAGAAAAGACUAACGAAGUCGAAUCUUACAUCCCAGAAAAGAAACAACCACACCACAAGUUGAAGCCAUUCAUUGGGGAAAAAGUCAACACCAUCGAAUACGCCGCCGAAAAAUUGCCGGAACUCAAUGAAAAAAUUAAGACCCAACAAGAUGAAUACCUCCACGCUAAGUCCAUUGGCUCAGUUUUCUUGGAAUUCCCAAGUCAAUUAGAAUUACAACGCGCUUUGCAAGCUGUUGAAUAUUACAAGCCUUUCAGAAAGAGUGGUACCCAAGCCGUCAGCAAUGCUACUCCUGAUGACAUUAUCUGGGAUAACUUGGGUAACUCGUAUUACGUCCGUUUGGGUAAGAAAGCUAUUGCCGUUACCGUUCUUACUCUUAUGAUCAUCUUCUGGGCCAUUCCUGUUGCCGUGGUUGGUUGUAUUUCUAACAUCAAUUACCUUACUGAAAAAGUCCAUUUCUUGCGUUUCAUUAACAACAUGCCUCAUGUUCUUAUGGGUAUCAUCACCGGUCUUUUGCCAGUCGUUGCUUUGGCUAUCCUUAUGUCCCUUAUCCCACCAUUCAUCAAGGCUAUGGGUAAGGUUUCUGGUCUCGUUACUUACCAACAAAUCGAUUUGUGGUGUCAAGAUUGGUACUAUGCUUUCCAAGUUAUUCAAGUGUUUUUGGUCACCACCUGUGCUUCUGCCGCCACUUCUGUCGUCCCAGCAAUCAUUAACGACCCAAGUUCUGCCAUGUUUUUGCUUGCCCAAAACUUGCCAAAGGCCUCUAACUUUUACAUUUGUUUUAUCCUUCUUCAAGGGUUGGCCAUUCCAAGUGGUGCGCUCUUGCAAAUUGUCACCUUGAUUUUGUCCAAGAUCCUUGGUAGAGUCCUCGAUAACACCCCACGUAAGAAGUGGAGCCGUUUCAACAGUUUGUCUCAACCUUCUUUGGGGGUCCUUUACCCAGUGUAUUCUUUGAUUGGGGUUAUUACUGUUUGUUAUGCCAUUAUCUCUCCAAUCAUUAUUGCUUUUGCUGUGGUGGCCUUUGCUCUCGUUUAUUUCGCUUACCUUUACAACUUGGUCUACGUCAUGGGUCACGCUAUGGACUCUCGUGGCCGUAACUUCCCAAAAGCCAUGUUCCAAAUCUUUGUCGCCCUUUACUUGGCAGAAAUUUGUCUUGUUGGGUUGUUCGUCAUGGCUAAAGCUUGGGGUCCAAUGGCUCUUGAAAUUGUCAUGCUUGUUGCUACCAUGGCUGCUCAUUUGUACCUUAAAUGGAGAUUCAUUCCUCUUUACGAUGUCGUUCCAAUCAGUGCGGUUUAUGACGCUGCUGGUAGUGAAAACUACCACUACCCAAUUGACGACCAAGGUAAGAAAGAAAUUGCCGCCACUGGUAAGUCAUUCUGGGAUGGUACUACCAGUCCUGCUGAUGCUGAAACCGUGGCCUCUUCUGGUAAAGCUGAUGCUAGUGUCCACAAGCCUCAACCAACCUUUGUUGGUGGUGAAGACAAUGGUGAAUCUGGGCAUUCUGUCUCGAUGGCUGCGUUGUCUCAUUUCUUUAAACCAGCUGAAAACUUGAACUUCCAAAAAACCAGAUCUCACAUGCCAGCUUUCCUCAAUGAAACCGUUGAAUAUACUCCAGAACAAGUGGUUCCUUACUUGCACCCAUCGGUUGUUUCUGAAGAACCAAAUUUCUGGAUUGGUAGAGAUGAAUUGGGGUUGAGUGCCACUUUGAUUGGUAAGAGUAAUGGUUUGCUUGUCAGUGAUGAAAACACCGAGUUCAAUGAAAAGGGUAAACCAGAAUACACUGGUCCUCCACCAGGAUACGAAGAAGCUGUUAAGGCUUAA